UUCAGCUAUUUAAAUAUUUCAUGUUUAUGUAAGAAGGCACGUCCACCGGAAGUCUGCAGCGCAAUGACGUCAGCAUCACCGGAAACAGCUGAGAAACUGGUGUACUGAACUUCUGGAAAAGGAUUUGUUGCACAUUUGGAGUCACAAUUGGAGAAGCAGGCAGGAUGCCGUUGCUGUUUUUGGAGCGGUUCCCUUGGCCCAGUUUACAGACAUACACAGCCCUGAGCUCGGUUCUGCUUGCUGGGUCCAUUUUAAGUGCCUACAGCACAGUCAGAGACCCCGAGUUCACCACUGCCCUGGCAGAAGACGCACACACUGAAUCCAAUGAGGAGAUCAAGCUGGAUCAUCUGGAAAACCUUGGGAACCUGCUAACCAGUGUGUUACUUUAUCUCAUCACAGACACUUUGUAUGUCUGGGUGAUGGUGAAUACAGCAUGCUGCAUCCUCAUGUUAAUAGCUAAAGUGAUCCAACGCAUUGUGUUUGGGCCACUGAGGGUCAGCGAGAAACAGCAUCUGAAAGACAAAUUCUGGAACUUCAUCUUCUACAAGUUCAUCUUCAUCUUUGGUGUCCUGAAUGUGCAGCGGGUGGAGGAAGUGGUGCUCUGGUGUCUGUGGUUCUCUAUGCUCAUCUUCCUCCAUCUGAUGGUGCAGCUCUGUAAAGACCGCUUUGAAUAUCUCUCAUUUUCUCCCACCACUCCGAUGAGCAGUCACGUUCGAGUCCUGACUCUUCUGGUGUCCGUCCUCGUGUGCUGUGGAGGUCUAGCAGUGCUCUGUGUUAUCGUCGGCCAUCUUCACAGCGCGCACACGGUUGCUUUCAUGACGGCUGAGUGUAUGUUGGUGACGGUGCGCACGGGACACGUUAUCAUACGGUACUCCAUUCACUUGUGGGACUUAAACCAUGAGGGCACCUGGGAGAAUAAGAGCUCAAAUAUCUACUACACUGACUUCAUCUUGGAGUUGGUCAUUCUCUGCCUGGACCUGAUGCAUCACAUACACAUGCUGCUCUUUGGUAACAUCUGGUUGUCCAUGGCCAGUCUGGUGAUCUUCAUGCAGUUGCGGUAUCUCUUUCACGAGGUCCAGAGGAGAAUCCGCAGGCAUAAAAACUACUUGCGUGUUAUUGAUAACAUGGAGUCCAGGUUUGCUGUGGCGACACCCGAUGAGCUUGUGGCCAAUAAUGACGACUGUGCCAUCUGCUGGGAUUCAAUGACUACAGCACGCAAGCUGCCCUGUGGACACCUGUUUCACAAUUCCUGUCUGCGCUCUUGGCUGGAGCAAGAUACUUCCUGUCCCACGUGUCGUAUGUCACUGAACAUCAACGAAGGUGGGAGAGAGCGACAGGAGGGCCAGAGAGGGCCGCUGGAUGAAAACGUGGUCGCUGGGCCGGGAGCAGACGCUAGACAGCACCUCAACCAACACAAUCAUUUCUUCCACUUUGAUGGGUCCCGCAUUGCCAGCUGGCUGCCCAGUUUCUCUGUGGAGGUCAUGCACACCACUAACAUCCUGGGCAUCGCACACGCUAACAACUCUCAGCUCAACGCCAUGGCUCAUCAGAUCCAGGAGAUGUUUCCACAGGUCCCUUAUCACCUGAUCCUGCAGGACUUACAGCUCACACGCUCUGUGGAGGUCACCACUGAUAACAUACUGGAGGGCAGGAUACAGGUGCCUUUUCCAACACAGCCUGUGGAGCGCUCACCCAUCCAAGUAAACCCUGCUUCGGAAGAGUCAGCCGGUUCCAGCAGCAAUUCAGAGGUCACCGCUCCUGCGCCCGAAGACUUUGAGGUUCGGGGAAGUCGCUUUUCAAAAUCUGCGGAAGAGAGACAAAGAAUGCUGAUGCAGAGAAAAGAAGAGCUACUCCAGAGAGCUCGCAGGCGUUAUUUAAUUAAGAAACCCGAUGAAGGAGAUCUCUCCUCCUCGGCCGAUUACGAUGAUGAACCACCGUCAAUAGAGGAGGAAGACUCCGACUGGGUGACCCUGCGGCGCAGGAGGCUGGCGGCCGCAGCCGAGAGACGCAUGCAUAGUCAGACAGACCCGCCUCAGUGAGAUGAGCUCCACCCACGUCCACGUGUCCGGCACUGCCCAUCUAUAAUCCUGCCCACGGCUUAAUCAUCAAAACGGAAGCCGUUCUUAUUCCACCUAUCAAAAACGUGCAUGAUGCGACUUUGCUGUGAUACAACUCUGCCCGAUUGCAAAAAUCUAAAUACGUACACACUUUUGGAUGAUCAUGAAAUGCUCAUUUCAUGAGAAUUAUUUGAUGUUGUCGUCACAGCGGGAAAUUACAAUAAAGAAGGCAGGUUAGAUAUUUCAGUCAAAUCUUUAUUAAAUUCAUAUUUGAGUGAAUAAAAGCAUCGGUUGUUUGGCUGCUUGCAUGUUGCAAACAUUAGGAGCGUUUCUGAAACUUUAGAUUCUUGCGUUUCAUUCAACAAGUUUGGUUUAAAUGUUGGAUUUUAGAAUUAGGAUUUUGAAUUAACAAUUUAUUUGAAUCUGUGCGUACUUAUUGAUUUGGAUAGGAGUAAAGAAAUGGAGUUGAUCUGUAUGUCAGUUUUGUUGUUUGUUGGUUUGGCCAAGAAAGAUAUGGCUCGAGUCUGAGCUCUCAUAAUGCCAACAUGGCAUUUUUUGGGAUUGUUAAGAGGGAACGUCGUGGCGUAGAUCCUGCUGUCCGUUUAGAGUUGACAAAAACUCAUCUAUUGCAUUUUGACAGAUCAGUGCAUUGUAAGAUUUGUUCAUUUAGUCGUGUGAUGCCGUUUAUCUUGCCGUAGUUUGUUAUUAAAAACGCAGGCUUGGUUUAAUUUAUCUAGAGUUCUGUUUAUCUGUCGACUUCGCACUUAAAUUAUUUUCUUAAUCAGACAUUUUGGUUUCCUUUCUCACAGUUUUCAAUGUAAUUUUCUUAUUUAAGUUCUGCACAAUUUCUGUUUUAAUUUCAAUAUCGUCACCUGCAAUUUUAAGUGGAAAGCAUAUAUUCAUGUAUAUUUUAGUGUAAAACGAGUAUGGUUGAGAGAGUUAUUUUUUCAGCGUGAAAUUAUUGAAUCAAGUAAAUUAACAGUUUAACGAUCAAAAUAGUUUUAUGUAUGAUGGCCCUAUGUGAUGGACGACUAGAAAGCAUAUUGAGUCGAGUUGUUUGGAUAGGGCGUAUAUAAAAAUGGUUAACAGGUCAGUUUUGUAGCAUUUUGUUGUUAGCAUUUUAUUGCAUUUGUAUUUAAAUGGUUAUAAAGAUGUGUACUAUUCACCGUACUAAUGUACUAAAAUACUAAUGCCUAUAAAUUCUUAUAUUUUUUACUGGCCCACGAUGUACAUCACAUGGAUAAGCUUUUUUUGUAAGUUAAUAUAAGUUCAUAAAAAAUGCCUUCUGUUGAAUCAAACAGGACUCAUUCACAGUCAUCACUUUCGUGGUUCAUUGAGAAUGUAGUGCAUUUGCCGUAUAUAUCUCUAAUGUAUCUCUGAUGUUUUACACUGUGAAUAUACUGUUUACAGCUCUAAAAUUUGGUCUUUUCACCUCUUUUAUGUGGAUGACUUUUUCUAUGCAUGAAAUCAAUGUUAUGUCUAUAAUCCAUCAAUUAUUCCCAAAGAUAUUCCCAGUUUUCUCUACUAAAGAUGAACAUUGUGAAACCAUAGGCAUUUAUGUUUUGGUCGCACAGAUGCACCUUUAACAGUAUUUCUUAAAACUACUAAUUAUUAAAUAUCCACUGGACUUUGUUCACAUGAUAUUGUUCAUGCUGUUUGCUGGAGUGAAGAUUGCUCUUUGUACACGAAUAAUUAAUUUGUGCCUGGAAUUAACAGUGGGUUUAAUAAUAGUUUGAUUUAUGUAAAUAAUUUUGUAAUAAAGACUGUAUAAUACAUGUGAAAUGACCCUGUACAAAAUAAAAGUCACAGCUGCUUUAGAGCUUUUAAGCAUA